AUGUAUGGAAAAAAUUACUCUGUGGUGUCAGAAUUUAUAUUCCUGGGACUCACCAGUUCUUGGGAGAUCCAACUUCUUAUCUUUGUGUUUACAUCUAUAAUUUAUAUGGGAAGCAUGAUGGGAAACUCCUUUAUUAUAAUCACUGUGAUUUUUGACUCUCAUUUACACUCUCCUAUGUACUUCCUGUUGGCUAACCUCUCCUUUAUUGACAUGGGAGUUUCUUCUGUGUCUUCUCCUAAGUUGAUUUAUGACCUUUUCAGAAAACGUAAAGUCAUCUCUUUUAGUGGCUGUAUUACUCAAAUAUUCUUCAUCCAUGUCAUUGGGGGUGUGGAGAUGGUGCUGCUCAUAGCCAUGGCCUUUGACAGAUAUGUAGCUAUAUGUAAACCUCUCCACUAUCUGACCAUCAUGAAUCCAAGAAUGUGCAUUUUCUUUUUAGUGACUGCCUGGAUAAUAGGCCUUAUCCAUUCCCUGGUACAACUGGCCUUUGUGAUAAACUUGCCCUUCUGUGGUCCUAAUGUGAUGGACAGCUUUUACUGUGAUCUUCCUCGGUUUAUCAAGCUUGCCUGUACAGACACAUCUCAACUAGAGUUCUUGGUCACAGCCAACAGUGGAUUCAUCUCUGUGGGCUCCUUCAUCAUACUAAUCAUUUCAUAUAUUAUCAUUAUUCUCACUGUUCAAAAGCAUUCUGCAACUGGAUCAUCUAAGGCUUUAUCUACGCUAUCAGCUCACAUCACAGUGGUAGUCUUGUUCUUUGGUCCUCUGAUAUUUUUCUAUACCUGGCCAUCUCCUUCCACUCAUCUAGAUAAGUUUCUGGCCAUCUUUGAUGCAGUUCUCACUCCUUUACUAAAUCCUAUCAUUUAUACACUUAGAAAUCAAGAGAUGAAGGUGGCAAUGAAAAGAGUAUGUAGACAAAUAAUAAAUUAUAGAAAGAUAUCUUAG